CACGAGCCAUUUCGGAAUUCUUCUGGUCGAGGGAGCAACAGAUGCUGCAACGAUGGAAUUGAGCUGCACUGAAGUACCUCUUUAUUAAUCUGGAAAGGCAGGAAACAGCAUAAAUGGAAGAAAGAAACUGGGUUGUGCAGGUUUUGCCAUCUGAGGGACAGACCGCUAUACAUGGAAAAUUUGACAAAAUUCUCCCAGAAGAUGCUGAAUUUUACUUUGUUUACAGUGGCUCAGCCCAGAGACACGUGGUUUUUGCCAAGCACAUUACUAAUAAGUCCCUUGAAUCUGUUAUUCCAGCUCAUGGAGAGCAAGAAGAUGUUUCCGUCUCUGUUGUCAUGUAUACAAAAGAAGGUAUACUUGUGACUCUGGGCUUCUCAUCUGUUACUUUCAAGCAGAACACAGCUUAUGAGUUAGCAUGUUUUCUGGUGAGCCAAGCUGAUUGCCUCACUCCCUCCAACCACCACAUACUUCUCAGCAGAUUUGGUUUAACGGAGGAACAUUUUCAGUCUUUGGAUCACAAUGUUAUGCUAGCAAUGGCUCAUGAAGACAUUCCACCUGCAUGGAACAUCACCGGGAAUAUUUCAGAAAAUGAAUCUAAGCACAAAGAAACACUUCUCCAUCUCACAAUGAGAUUGGGUUUGGUUAAACUUUCCCAAUUCCUGUUAUGCCAGCCAGGUGGGACAGCUGCAGUCACUCUACCGAACAAAGAUGGGUUCACACCAUUGGACUUGGCUUUACAGAAUGGCCACUUCAGGCUUCUUGAACUUAUCUUCAAAAGGCAGGUCAGACAUCCAUUUGAGAUUUCUAAAGUAGAGCUUGGUGAGAAUGCAGUCCUACAAUUUGCUCAUUCAUCAGGAACUCUAACACUGACACUUAAUCACACGGCGGACCAUUUGCUAGAAUCUGAUGUUCAACUGUUCAGGAAAUACUUCUGGGAUAGAGCUUUUCUGCACAAGAAUCUUACUCCAGCGUAUGCUGAGACACUGAGAGGAGUGCAGAUGCCUUGCAAUUUCACAGUUUCUACAGAAGAUCCUGUGGACUUUGUUGCUGAGGAGUCAUCGCUCAAAAAUGAAGAUACAAUGUUCUACAGAGUUCAGCCAACUGAAAAUGAAGAUGAUACAGUGUUGGAUUUAGCUCAACAACAUUCCCCAUUUGAGGCAUAUAGGAAAACCUCAAAUCCCUCCACCUUCUUUGCGGCAGCCAGACUUUCUGCUAUGCUUAAUGGAAGUGAAGAAGUAUAUGCAAAUCGCAUGGUGGUGGACCAGAUGGAAGACACUGGUGUCAAGUACAUUAAAAUAGGCCAGUCAGCUUCUGAAACAUGCAAAGACCAUGUAGACUUGAAUGAAGACCCAGAAGAACUGGCAAAUAGCAUGGACAGGAGAAACUCUUCGACCCUUAUUCAGUCUAAUUUGGAUACAGCAGGACCUUUCUUGUCAAUCAAGAAAACACAUGCAUUAAGCAACCAACGAAACCAACGCUAUUCCAUCAUGAAAAAACGAAGUUCUAGUCUUGAUGACUUGGAUGUAGAUAAUGGAGAUGAAAAAAUUUCUAACCGGUCCCAUAACUGCUACCCUUCAAUGUCCUUCAACUCUUCUGUGGCCUUGGCAAAUAGCAGGAGUGGGUUAAGUUCUUCAGAGACAAAUACAGAACUAGAUUUUAACAUGAGCAGGGCUGAAUCCCUUCCUUUGUCCAGCAAUCUGCAGUCAAAGGAAUCGUUACUGUCUGGAAUUCGGUCUCGUUCAUAUUCCUAUACUUCACCCAAAGUCUUAUUGGGGAAAUCACACUGUGCACGGGACUUCACAAUAUGUGAUUCAAAUGAUGAACAACAUGCAUUCAGCUUCCCUGAACAAUCAAGAGAGAAAAGGAUUCCAGAAGAAGAAUGGGAGAAGUACAUAAUGCCUACAAAAUCGGAAUCUGAAAAAUAUAAAGUCAGCCGUACUUUUAGCUUUCUGAUGAACAGAAUGGCCAGUACACGAAAUAAAUCCAAGGCCAAAAAUAGAGAUGCCAAAGAGAGGGAGAAACUUAACAGACACCAGUUUGUUUCUGGGACUUUUGCUGGGGUCAUGCCAUGCUUCUCAUGUGAGAAACCAUUUUUGGGGAAAGAGGCAUUGCAGUGUUUGUAUUGUAAUGCACUUGUGCAUAAACAUUGUAAGGACUGUGCUCCUGCAUGUACAAAAAAACUCCAAGAGAGGUGCCAUAUUAAGAACAGGAUGCAAGCUGUCCAGACAAAUCCAUCAUUCAGAGACAUUCCUCAGCCAACAUUGUCCUCAAUGCAUCCUUCUACCUCAGCACCCAUCGGAUUAUCUACUGUAAAAAAAGAUGCAUUGCAGCAACCACACUCCUUGUCCAAAAGUGUUCCAAGUACCACUUUUGAAAGAAAAUGCAUGUCACCAUUGGAGCCAGAUUCUGAUACCAGCAGCUGGAGAUCGAGGUCACACUCUGAAGAGCUAUUACAAUCAAUAGGGACUGCUUCAUCAGUUGACUCUUUUAUAAUUGAAGAUGAUGUUGAUGCCCCUUUAUGGAGUGACCUCAACAGUGAUGCACUGGAAUUUGAAGCAGAAUCCUGGAGGCUUGUUGUGGACCCUUCUUUUUGUAAUAAACAAGAAAAAGACGUUAUCAAACGACAAGAUGUGAUUUUUGAGCUGAUGCAAACAGAAGUACAUCACAUCCAUACACUAUUCAUUAUGUCAAAAAUAUUCAGAAAAGGAAUGAAAGAAGAACUGCAGCUGGACCACAGCACUGUGGACAAAAUAUUCCCCUGUUUAGAUGAACUGCUAGAACUUCAUCAGCAGUUCUUCUGUAGCAUGAAGGAGAGGCGACAGGAAUCAUGCGAGGAGGACAGUGAUCGAAACUUUGUAAUUAGCAGAAUUGGAGACAUCCUUGUACAGCAGUUUUCAGAAGAGAAUGCAAACAAAAUGAAGGCGAUAUAUGGGGAAUUUUGUAGUCAUCAGAAAGAAGCUGUUAGUCUUUUCAAAGAAUUGCAGCAAAAUAAAAAAUUCCAGAACUUCAUCAAACUACGGAACAGUAAUCUUUUGGCUCGACGUCGAGGAAUCCCAGAAUGCAUUCUGCUGGUCACUCAGAGAAUCACAAAGUACCCAGUUCUAGUAGAGAGAAUAUUGCAGUAUUCCAAAGAAGGAACCGAAGAACACCAGAACUUAUGUAAAGCCCUUUGCCUAAUCAAGGACAUGAUUGCAGCAGUUGAUUUGCAAGUCAAUGAAUAUGAGAAAAAACAAAAAUUGUUGGAGAUUCUCAGCAAGAUUGAAAACAAAUCAUAUACCAAGUUGAAAAAUGGCCAUGUUUUCAGGAAGCAAGAUUUGAUCAAGAAAGAGAGGACAAUUUUGCAUGAAGGUUUAGUUUAUUGGAAAACAGCUACAGGACGCUUCAAAGAUAUAUUAGCUCUCCUUCUAAAUGAUGUGAUGUUGUUUUUACAAGAAAAAGAUCAGAAAUACAUCUUUGCAGCUGUUGACCAGAAGCCUGCAGUUAUAGCCCUUCAGAAACUUAUUGUCAGAGAAGUAGCCAAUGAAGAGAGAGGGAUGUUUCUAAUUAGUGCAUCAUCUACUGGGCCUGAGAUGUAUGAGAUUCAUACCAGUUCUAAAGAGGAACGCAGUCAUUGGAUGAGGCAGAUUCAAGAGGCAGUGGAAAGUUGCCCAGAGGAAGAAGGAAAAAUGAGUGAAUCUGAUGAGGAUCGAAGAAUAGCUGAAGCCAGAUCAGCCAAAAUUCAAAAAUGUCAAGUAAUCUUGAGUAACCAGGACCAGCAGAUCUGUAGCUACUUGGAAGAUAAGCUUAACAUCUAUGCAAAGCUUGGAGAUAUGAGUGGGUUUGAAGAUGUUCAUGUAGAACCACAUCUGCUUAUAAAACCUGACUCAGGCGAAACACCUCAAGUGGCCUCACUCCUGGCUGCAGCUCUCAAGGAAGCGGAAAACCUCCACAUGGCUGUAACGGUAUUACAGACGAACGACUCAAGUCACUCAACGGAAGAGAGGACUGGAGAAUUUAAUUUGACAGAACAUCUUACUGAAGCUGAAGUCUGUGAACCUUUCACUGAUUCUGUGGAGUGGAAGGGAGAGAAAGAGCCUGGGGAUUCAGAUGUUCAUGAUGCAAACGACGUAACAGAAGCUGACUUGCUAGACCAGGAAGGAGGCACAUGUUUUGCUGCUUCUGCACAAACUGAGAUUGUACAGACUAUUCAGAAUUUAACCCGCCUCCUGUAUAGCGUACAGGCAGCCGUAACUAUCCAGGACAGCUGCAUUGAGAUCCAUAAGCUGCUUCUUCAGGAGCAUGAAAGAUCCAGCUGGAGCCCCAGUUCUCGUAGCACCUCCCUCCUAGAACAAGGAAAGCACCGAAAUUUCAAACCAAAGGAGGAACUAGCCAAUGUCCAGAAGCUCCAACACCAAUUUCAACAAGAGCAGCAACGCUGGCACCGUGAGUGUGAGCAGCGGCAGCAGGAACACGAGACAAGAGAGACCCGUUUGCUGGAGAAGGAGAAAGAGUGCUUGAACCAAGAGGAGUUGCUUUGCAAAACCCAAGGAGAGCUGGACAUUCAGCUGCAGGAUUACCAGCAGAACCUGCAGAGACUCAGGGAAAGCCAAAGGGUGGUGGAGGAGGAACGGGAAACAGUCAACCUGCAGCAGAAGAUCCUGCGCCACUGGAAGCACAGCCGCCAAAGCAGUCUGCCUGCAGUGAUCUCCCCAGGGAACAAUGAGAUCAUGGGACAGAAUCAAUCGGACAGUUUUUGUGGUGAGAAUUCAGUCUUCAUAAAUGAAGCCAUAGUACAGAUGUCAUUAAACUGCCUCAACAGAUCAAACUCAGCUCUAGUUUACCAGGACAGCGUAUGUAGUGUGAACCUGCCAAAUUCAGAUUUAUCAAGGACUACUGAAAAUCAGGUCAACCUCAACAUGGACAUUUCUUGUCAACAAGUGGUCAUCGGUGAUCUCUCAAAAUCCAGUAGACUCGACCAUCACAUUCCCUCCUCCAGCACAAGCCACACAGAUGCUUGUAACAAUCGCAGUUGCACAGAAGAAGUGAACAGCAGGAUGCACUCAGCCAGUGAAGAUUUCAUUAGGAAUCUAGGAAUGAACUCAGAACUAUCACCAAUGAGCCAAAUAUCCAAAUAUCAAGACAUGAAUGCAUUGCAGAACCAGUGCCCAAGACUACACAGUUCAAGUCUAGGCAGUAUCCAACCUCAGCAUCCUUCAGAUGUUCUGCUGCACAAACAACCAUGUGAUAUGGGACAAGAUUCAGAAAAUGGGGACAUUGAAGAAAAUAUUGUUUAUCUCUAAAAUAUUUCUUCCUCUACUACCAGUAGCACUUUAGGAUUGAUUUUCUCACUGUUCAUAGUUGCUCUUUGUCCAAAUUACUUUGAGGAUAGCUUAUUUAUUGCAAAAUACAAAGUUUUCCAGACCCAGAGGAUACAAAAGUUAUUUUUAAAACAUGUCUGUAAUAUUUAAAUUGUGACACAUCUGAAACACUCUUUGAGCAACAUCAGACACUGUUGGGCUCUAAAAUGAGGAAUGACUUAUGUGUGAUGCAGUCACCACAAUUGGACUUGAGUGGAAAACUUUCUAUUCCAGGUUAAAGCUGCACAGUCCUUGUGAAGCUAGUGCUGUGCAUAAUAGGAGCAUUUCAGAUUUCAUAAUGAAACUCCACAACCUCUUUAAAAACAGUGAUAUCAAAUGAGACAGUUGCAAAGGCAAGAGCACUAAUCUAGUUGUGCUGCAGUUCAACUAUGAUCUAGAUCAAGGGUGAGCAGAAGGUCGAUCAGGAUCUUCUGGUAGAUCUGUGGGUGGUUUUAAGCAGAGUGGCAAGGAUUCUUGACUCCUAUUCAUUUAACAGUAGUAACAACAAAAUGAUUCUUCUCCCCCCAGCCAGGAAUUUACAUUAUAGUGUUGAAAUAAAAAAACAAAAAUGUGUGUGUACAUGGGGAGAGGCAGCAGCGGUGGAGGGGAGGAACCAAGAUUAGAUUUUUAUGUAGAAGGAUUGUGAGCUCCAUUCAGUUCUGGUACUAAAAUAGACACCUAGCUUCAGAAUUAUUUAAUUCUACAUAUGCAUAUAUUUUGCACUGGGCUCUGAUUGGUGGAUCUCUGAAUUCUAGUAAAAAAACAAAGCAGCUCUCACAAGCCUGUAGUGUCCCACCCAUGAGUAGACACAUCAUAGUAGACCAUCCCUAGCCAUAUUACCACAUCAUGUCUGUCACAGAAUUAGCACUUUAUCAUCCCUUAUCUCUGUAAUGUUCUGGAUCUUCUGGAUCUCACUAUGGCCUCCAUGAGUGAUGAUACUGCACUAUAGAAGAUCUUUUGCCAAAUCAGAGCUGGAAUAACACCUUGUUUCCACAGGGAACAUUUUGGUGGCCUAGCAUGGUCCUAAGGUUUUAUUCUAAAAGUGAGGAGCCUCAGGAAAUGGAUGUACAUCUCCAUGAUUGCCUCCCCAGGCUAGAUUUGCUUGGUGAAUUCAGCUUCCUUCUUAGCAGACGUUUGUGUCAGAGACCAGUCUCAUCUAGCUUGUAUAUAACUUGCUUUUCAAAGCAUUCCAGGUCAGUUUUGUGGUGUUUUGCAUUAUAACUUGUUCUUGGCUACAGCAAGUGCCCUUUCUAUCAAACCAUUAAAAAUUCAUCACAUGAACAUUUCUGUUUCUGGGGAACUGAGAGGAAGAUUAUGAGAAAAAAAUGUAGAGUUCAAUUUUUUGUUAGCCUAACCAAAUCGCCUACAAAUCAGUGUGUUUCUUUCAGGACACAGAGCUUUGAUACAUUAUAGAGUAAUAAAUAAGGAUUUUUUUCCUGUGCAUUUUCAUACAUAAUUGCAUACUUUUUGAAUUUAAUAAAUAUGCUAUAUCAACAAAGAUAUUUCUUCAUAAUUCCUGGUACAUCAGUCCACUCCU